AUGUCACAUAUUACACUUAUCAAUAUAACAACGACAAUAGUACCAGAAUCGAACAAUAAAAAUCCCCUUUCAGAUGGUGUUAUUGCGGCUAUUGUCAUUUCUUCCAUUGUUACUAGUGCUCUACUUGGCAUCGGUAGUUUUUUCAUUUAUCGAUAUCGUCAAACGAUAAUAGAAGGUAUUCGAGAAAUACUGCAUUUGGAUAAUAAAGUAGAAGACGAAGAAGAAGAAGAGGAUGAGGAAGAUCAAUGGGCACCAAAUGAAAUGAACAUGAGCCCAGCUUUCAGAACUACCAGUAACAACUUGGCAAAAAAGAGACAAUCAGUUCCGCAUAAUCAUAUGUUAUUUGGGACUCGUGAUAAGACUGAGCAAACUCCUGUUUCGCUCUCUUUUCAUAAUAUUAGUUAUGUGGUUAAGAGUGGAAACAAACGCCGAAUCAAUUUACCUUUUAUUGGUGGGCAAACUCGCCCAAAAAAAAGAAGUAAACAAGUUCUCUUCGAUGUUUCUGGUCGUUUUGAAUCAGGCAUGAACGCUCUUCUUGGUCCAACGGGUUGUGGAAAAUCAUCAUUACUGGAUGUUCUUGCUGCACGUAAAGAUCCGCGUGGUCUAUCAGGACGAGUCUUAGUCGAUGGAUUACCUUUGCCAGCAUCUUAUAAAUACAUGGUUGGCUAUAUUGUUCAAGAUGAUAUCAUUAGUGGAACAUUGACUGUGCGUGAGAAUUUGAUUUUUUCGGCUAACGUUCGUUUGUCGAAAAAUGUAUCGAUGCAGGAACGUCGAGAGCGUGUUGAUCAAAUUAUUACGGAUCUGGGAUUGGAAGCAUGUGCUAAUACUCGUAUAGGCACUGAAUUUUCACGUGGUGUAUCAGGUGGUGAACGAAAAAGAGCCUGUAUUGGUAUGGAACUUGUUCUCUCACCUAAAAUUCUCUUUCUCGAUGAACCAACAACAGGUCUUGAUGCGUCAACUGCCUUCAACGUGAUGACUUGUUUACAUCAAUUAUCUCGUCGUGGUUGCACCAUCAUCUUUUCGAUACAUCAACCUCGUUAUUCGAUCUUCAAAUUAUUCGAUAAUAUCAUUCUUCUUUGUAAAGGCAAAUGUAUCUAUCAAGGUCCACCUAAUGAAGUUGUUCCCUAUUUUGCUACGCAUAAUUAUCAAUGCGAAAAGUAUGAUAAUCCCGCUGAUUUUGCAUUGGAUGUACUUAUUGAAGCAUCGAAAACCAAGGAUUCUUUGAAAAAAUUGACUAAAGCGUAUCUUCGUUCUCCAAUGCAAGCGCGCAUGUCAGAACUUAUUGCUGAUUUAGAUCCAAAUGAGGAUGAGAUUUAUGAUGAGAAUGGCGAAAGACCAGAUAAAGAAAAUCGUCCGUUGAGAAGUGAAAUCUUUUAUCUUGCCCAACGAACAUUAAAAAAUGCCAUACGAAAUCCUCAGCUAGCACUUUCACAAACAAUUAACGCCAUCAUUAUUGGUUUUCUUGUUGGCCUAAUUUUUUAUAAUAUGGAUCUAACGACAAAACAUGGUGUUCCAAAUCGUUUAGGUGCCAUUUUUUUCAUUGUUGUUAGUCAAGUUUUCAGUACAGUAACUGCUUUAGAACCAUUACUCAAAGAACGCGUUCUUUUCAUUCAUGAGAAUGUCAGUGGAUACUAUCGAACUUCAACUUUUUUUGUGGCCAAACUCAUCUGUGAUAUUUUACCAAUGCGUAUUAUUCCGUCUUUCAUUUUUUCGAUAAUUGCAUAUUUCAUGACUGGCCUCCAACGAACAGUCAGUCAAUAUUUUAUCUUUCUUCUAACUAUCUUCAUGUCCACAGUGUUCGGUUCAGCUAUAUGUUUUCUGGUCGCUGCGUGUAUUCCAGUAUUCGCUGUGGCUUUAAUAUGCGUCGUUCUUGUCUUUGUAGUGAUGAUGGUAUUUAGUGGUUUCGUAGUUGAUUUGACAACAGUUUUUUCAUGGAUAUCGUGGGUUCAAUGGAUUAGUGCUUUUCGAUAUGCUUCAAAUAUUCUAACCAUCAGUGAAUUUCGUCAUCUAACUUUUUGUCAAACUACGAAUGGAACUGAAGUUUGUCAUUUAACGGGUGAUGAAGUACUCGACGAUCGAAAUCUUGCACAUGCUACAGACUGGGAUUUGUGGAAACAUUUUCUUGCUCUGACUGGCAUGGCUAUGUUUUUUCUAAUUCUCGCCUUUAUCCAAUUGAUUCGAAUUAAAAAAACAAAAUAG